AUGACCGAACGAAACCACGCCAUCGUUUUCGGAGCCGCAGGCCUACUUGGCUGGGCGACUGUCGACCAGCUGCUCUCCAAUUACCCCACCGAAGGCUCAUUUGACAAGGUCACUGUCGUCAUCAACCGCCCUCUGUCUGAGAUCGAGUUCUUCUGGCCGAAAGAGUCGGCGAGCCGGCCUUCUCUGCAGAUAGUUUCUGGGGUGAACUUGAACAGCACCACGGAGGACCUCACGAGACAGCUGGAAGAUAGGGUUCAGGGAGUCAAGAAUGUUACCCACGUGUUUUAUUUCGUAUUCAACCAGGUCGCUGAUGACCACAUCCGAGAGUGCGAAGUCAACUGCGGCAUCAUGCAGAGAGUCGUCGACUCGCUCACGUCAUUGUCAUCAAACCUCAAGUCUUUCGUCUACCCCGGAGGCACGAGAGGGUAUGGGAUCUACGUGCCCGGCGGAACUUUUGAGGCUCCAUUGAAGGAGUCUAUGGCAGACAACCUCUCCGAAGACUACGCCAGGACUGUCGCAUACCCGUGGUUCCGUGAAAUUCUCGCAAAAGCAAGCGAAGGCAAGCAGUGGACCUGGUCAGAAGUGUGCCCUGACGCAGUCGUUGGUUUUACGCCAAACGGGUCUGGGUUCUCUCUCGCGCUCCACUGGGCACAGUACCUCUCGCUUUACGCCUACAACCACGGGGUUAACGACAAAUCCGAGACUCCUGUUGAGGUACCGUUUCCUGGAAACGAAGGCGGUUAUAAAAGCCUCUUUACUCCGGUUUCGUCUCGCGUUCUCGGCCGUAUCGCCGUCCACGUCUCCUUGAACGGUGAGAAAUGCGAUGCCAAAAUCAUCAACAUGGCCGACAGUGCGACGCCAACCAGUUUCAGCCAGAUCUGGCCAGAUCUGGCUGGCUGGUUCGGGCUGAAGGGAGUGGGGCCCACGGGAGACGAGAAGGCAUUGAAGCCCGGUGAGUAUGUCCAGAAGAACAAACACCUCUUCGAGAGGGAGGGUUUCAGCAAGGCGGUAGUUGCUGGUGUCGGCGGUGGAAGCUCGCAACUUGACAGUGUGGGAUACUGGUUGUCAUUUGAUCGGCAGCUGAGUCUGGAAAGAUUGCGAGUGGUAGGGUUCACUGAAGAAAGAGACCCGGUUGAGGGCUGGUUGGAAGCAUUCGAGAAAUUUAGACAAGCUGGUAUUAUUAUGUAG